UGGUCAGCCAUUUUGCCUUCUUGGACAACUACCGCUAACGACUCCUCCCUCCUCCUCCUCCUCGUCUUUCCGAUCGUAAAAAUCAACCCUUUUUGCUGUUCCACACAAACUUUUUUUGGUUUUACGAGAGUUUGAUUCUUGCAAUUCCUGGUUGCCAUCUGUUCAGACACCCUUUCUGAUCUUUCUUAAGAGCAGUCCACGCUUAGUCAGACCGAGCCUUGCCCUGUCUCAACUCCAUCAGAAGAAGCAUCGAAUCUUGAAGGGAGCAAACUCCGAGGUUCCAGCGAUAAAGUCAGGUCUCGCGACAUUACUUUCGGUAAAUAGCUAAAGCACCAUUCAAGACUUUAGGUGCGCUCUUGCGCUUCGAGCUCUCACGGAUGGAAGGGGACGUCCAGUGGAGAGAUCAUGGCAUCCAACUGCAGAACAGUCAUCAGGGUCGCUGGUGGGGGUUACUUCACAUCCUCGACUAUCAUUACAGGCGUCACGUCAGGAAUGUCAGGAAAGCGCUUCACGGAAAAGAGCAUCAAGGAAGAAAACACCGCAUUCGUAAGCCAUGUUGCGCUACACCAAAAACAAUUUCCUUCAGCUGGGAGACUGGUCAAGGGCAAGAUGAAGCAGAGCAUCUACUGGAACGGCCUAGCAUAGAAGCUAGUUCUCUCGACGAUGUUCCUGUGAGUAGCACCAGAGAAGUACUUGCAAAAGAUGCGCCUGAGCAAAAGAUCCAUCAAGAUUGGAUUUUGAACUUUCUUUUACGUCGAAAUCACCGCACCGAUUCCAUCCUUGAUGAAUUAAAAGCCGAAUGGACAGAUCCUCUUAUAAUCCUUCAUGACGGAGCCGACCCUCCAAUCCCCACAUUGCAGGACCUUUAUUCACUAAGGACAGGGGAGGAGGUUGGUGCUGGAAAAAGAGCCCACCUCUCCGAUAGAGGUGGAGAAGUGAAGCAAAAGAUGAUGGACCAUGGGCAGGGUGCGAAAAAUUUGCAGCGACACGACAAAGAUAAGACCGAGACAGUGAGAAUCAACGUAAACAAGGAUUCCCUACCCAAUGUCGCCCAACAGCAAGAUUCACAUGCGGGUAUUGUGAAACAAUACCAUGGCCAGCAGACAUCCUUUAGAAAAGCAAGCUUCACAAAGUCUCGAUCAUUUCCCGUGGCCGAUGCAUCAGGCGCUAGAUCUCAUAGGCCAAGCACUCUUGAGCACAAGCAAAGUGAAAUGUGGUCUUUCCCAAAGGGUGAAAAGCCAACAACAAUCACUCCGGGGCUAAGCCUCACCUCAUCCAACUCGCUACAAAAUCACGACAUACAAUCAGUGCAGAGCGGUGCCAUGAAGCGGGAAGAUAGGGCUUCUUCCUCGGGCAAAUCCCACCUGAAUAACGUGCACAGAUGGAAUCAGACGGUCACGAAUCAGAUAAAACGCAUCAAGCGUAGAAUAAGGCGUGCAUUUAAAGAAGAAAGAAAAGAAAAGGCGCCAGCUGAUGCUGUCCUUGACAGAAUUUCUCAUGGAUCUAGUUCUCCUGCCGACACGAAAGAGAUUUCUGAAAAUUCCCAGUACCAGGAUGGCGAAAACUGGACCACCGUGAGUAAGCCAAACCACAUGGAAAGAACUUCCUCUAUACAUGAGUCGCUGGAUAGAUAUUCUCAGUUAUUCGAGAACGCUUAUGGGAGGGAGCCUAACCUGCAUCAUUCCAAGAGCCUAAAAUUGACAGACGAAGACAGGAAUUCCUCGGUUGGGCAUUCGCGUAAAUCUUUCAGAAGGAGACUCUCCCUUCCGGAUCCUGAAAGCCUAUCUUUCCUCCUUGGUGUGGUUUCUUUAGAUGCUAUUUGUUCAGACAUGCGAGUGAUGAAGGAUGGUGAUCUCCGUGGGAUUACUGAGUGUGAUUCGGGCAGCAGAUUAAAUUCUUCAGCUAUUCCUUCAAAUCCUGAUGGAAGUGCUCCACUACAAGAUAGUUCGGAGGUCAGGUUCCUUGAAGAUAUUCAAGAAAAAGAAGAAGAUGAAGAAGAAGACGGUGAUGGUGAUGAUGCAGAGACUAGUACUGAAUUGCGCUCCAGUGCAGUUGUAGCUUUUGAUCAGAAGACUGUUGAAUAUAGUGACAAUGUUGUUGAAUCGGCAAGGGAGGAUAACAGUGCCCUGCAUGAACGGGAGAUGUCUAUCACAUGGGAAGCCGUCGGUCAAGUAGGUGAACUAAGUUCAGUUUGUUGUCCCAAACCCUUUCCAAAGGACGACAAAGCUACGGCGGGGGAGUUUUUGCCCUCAAAUGGUUGCAUUCAUCUGGAGGAGCCGGGUUCUCAUGCAAACCUGCCCAGCAGCUCUGUCCUGGAAGCUUCGAUGGUAUCUUGCGAAGCUUUAAAUGAUACGGAGACUGGGAUGAAAAACAACAUUGUAGACCAUUUCUUAAAGCCUUUGCACUUGGAUAAAAGGGAUGAGGCAGACUUUAACUACGUAAGUCACUUGCUCAACCUAUCUGGUGUCUUUGAAAGUGAGCAAUUCGAACGGUGGCAAACCACAGACCAACCGCUGAACCCCAAGUUAUUAGAUGAUUUGGAGGAUUGCGCAGCGGGCCACGAGCUAGGAUGCUCGGAUGAGGUUGCUGGUACGUACAGCAACCACCAGCUUCUGUUUGAUCUAGUCAAUGAAGCACUGCUCGAGAUCUUCGAGCCAUCAUUGGCUUUCUUCCCCAAAGCCUUCUCCUUUGCUACCAAUGGCAGACCGAUCCCGAAGGGUCAGCACAUGCUCGAGGAGGUCUGGAAAAGAGUGAACUGGCAUCGCAUCGGGCCGGAGCAGGACCAGACAUUCGAUGAAGUGAUGGCUCGGGAUCUGGCGAGGGGAGAUGGUUGGUUGAACCUCCAGUGGGAAGGGGAGUGUGUGGCGCUCGAAUUGGAGGAUUGGAUCCUUGACGAUCUCUUAGACGAAGUCCUUGAGAGUGAGCAAGUUGGCAGGUAGAAGUAAGAUGUCCGCAUGACCCGUCUUCGCUUUCUUGCACGCCAAGUUUUGUUCAUGAUAUGGUGGUUUUGUGCUGCAUAUCUUGAGACUGAGAUGUCUUCUCAAGGGAUCCUAAGCUCAUUAGCUAGCAAGGGCUGGAAGGACUUCAGGAUUUUAGAGUCGAUUUUUAUACGGCAUGUCUGUUCUGCAUCUUAAUGGCAAUCGGUUUGGUAACGAGGCAAGGCCGUUGAAGAUUUUUCUUUUCUUUUCUUUUUUGUAUAUAUGUUGAUACGGGUCAUGAGGGAUCCGAAAGUUAUUCAUUGGAUGUUGGUAGAUUUGUUAUGGUAUUUUUGAUCGGUUGGAUUAGUGUGAUGGAGAGAGUUCAUUAACUUCACCAUUCUCUGUAAUUUAUGUUUGACUAAUUGAAUGGAAUUGAGAUUGAAGUUUCUCCA